CGCCAUGAUUGUUGUGUUGUUCCGGCUAAGCUAGUUCAGUCCGUUUGUUGGGUAGUAAAUGUUAUUUUUGUCGACUGGAAGGAGAAGUUUAUUUUUGUAACCCGUUUUAAUCAAAGAAAGAUCCCUGAACAUGGAGUCUCGAUUUGCUCACCUACGUCAGCGGGACAACAGUGUCUCAAUGCUGAGGGUAAAAAUGUCCCGCAGGAGGUCUCAGUCUCAGAAGGAGAACCGAGAUCGAGCGGUGAACUUAAGAAGACAGCUUGACAACGUCCCAGAGAUGGAUGUGUCAUCCCUGGAUGCCUCCAUCGCGAUGGCCAACAUGUCCAUAAUACAGGAAAAGACACAGAACAAGACGAAACUCGCUAAAAACACAGCCGUAGAAGAGAGACUGAAACAGCUUGAGCGCUGGAAAGAGCGUAAGGCUCUUGAAAAAGAGAAAGAAAAGAGAGAAAAGGAGCGUAAAGGCGUUUUUAAAACUGGUGUCUAUCAUCAUAAGGACACGUUUGCCAUUCCAUCCCUGCCUGUGGUUCCAGCCGCCUCAAGCAGAGCGAAAGAGACAAAACUGCAUGCAGCAGCAUCCCAGAGUACAAGAGUCACCCGCUCAAUGAAGCAGCAACAGGAGGUGCAAAGGCCUCUGAAGCUGCAGGAUCCAAAUGCUUCACGAAGAGCUCAACCUGCUGCUGAGAAAUCUAACAGAACUCGGGCCGCUCCUGCAAAGCCUGCACCAGCCACAACCAAGACUCAAGUGUGUGCAGUGGAGCCCAUGGUACGAGCCUCCAGAUCAGCCAACAGGCCUCCUGUUACAGCAGCUCCGGUGGUGAAAGACAAACCCAAGGACAAGCCUGCAGAUACAAGAACCACAAGGAGCAGAGCGAUUGUCAACCCUGUGGCACCCCCUUCUGACAGAAAAAGGAACUAUAAAGCAGCUGUCAACACCACCAUCCAGACUGCCGAGCCCAAGGAGCCUGAGAUUCAAGAGCCAGAGGAAAAACCUUGCCCCCCCAGCCCGGCCCCCCAUCCUGAGGAGGAGGUGGAGGAAGGCAUGGUGGUGGAUCAGGCUCAGGCUGAUUCUGCCCCUGCCCCUGUCGUGGAGCCAGUCGAAGCACCAUCCUCUGCAACCUCUUUUGCUCCUGAAGGUUUUGUUUUCCAGGCUCCCUCUGGAUUAUCAUCCUUUAAAUUUGAGCCGCUCACACCUCGAUCAGCUGACGCUUUCCUCACUCCAAGCUCCAGCUUCAAUCUCCCAGCAGCCCCCUCAUUCAAUGAUGAACCUCAAGCUGAGCCAAGUGAGCCAUCCCCUCCUAAGUCUCCUCGCCGCUCUCCUCCUCAUUCGUCUCCCACAGUGGCUCAAAGCAGUCCACUGGAAUCAAAGCAUGACGUACCUUACUUCAGAUCAGAGAUUUCCAGUGAGACCAACAGACUGACGUCUCUGUGUGAACUCUGGGAGCAGAAAGUGGAAGAUGAAUCAAUCCCAGAAGAGAUGAGAGACAGUAUCCGCACAGCUGUCGGACAGGCGCGGCUGCUGAUGAAAGAGCGCUUUAAGCAGUUCAGCGGUCUGGUGGAUGACUGCGAGUUUGUCCGAGGGGAGAAGAUCACCACCUGCACCGACCUGCAGGGAUUCUGGGACAUGGUUUAUUUUCAGGUUGAAGACGUCAACAAGAAGUUUGAUGCUUUGAAGGAAGCAGAGAGCCGAGGAUGGGUGGAGGAACACAAGCCAGCACCACGACAGAGGAAAGCAGUGAAGAAACCAGCAGCAGCACCUGCUAAGCCUUCAGGGACCAAAGCAGCAGCCAGAUCUCGCCUUGCUGCUGCAAAAGCAGCCAUGAAAGCCAAACAGCAGGCAGCUGAGGCGGAGAAAGCAGCAAAGGAUGCUGAGGAAGAUGAGGACAAACAGAGUCAGAAAUCCCAGGAUCCUCAACCUGAAGCAGAGGCCAAAGCAGCAGACACAGUGGUGUUUGACGGCGGCUUCUUUCAGGUGGAGAGUCCGGCCAAACCGCCAGGUUCAGUGAGGAGAUCCAGUCGUCUGAGUGCAGCUGUUCUCCCUCAGGCCUCCCCCUGCUCCAGCUACCUCUCACCCAGGAGAGUUACUCGUCGAUCCCUUGCUCUGGCACAGACCCCUGUCCAAACCGCUGCCUCUCCAGCUAAACCUACCCCCACUCCCACCCACUUCCGUCUCACCCUCGAUCAAACUCCAGCACCAAAGUCCCAGAGAGGAACUCCUCGGUCAUCCCAGAACAGGACGGACUCUGUCAACAUGUCUGUUGGCUUCACACCCAUCAGGGAAGCUCCUUCAGACGUCACCCAGCCUGAGACAAGCCCUGCGCACCAGUCAGAAGCAGUCUCCAUGCAGGACAGCACAGCCACACCCAUGCAUCCACUUCCCUCUAUUACUGUAGUGGAGGAGCAGGAAGAACCACCUGAAAAAGUUGAGUUCACUCUUUCCCUCUCUCCAUGUGAAACUCCCCUUCCUGUCUCUAAAGCCCCUGAGCCAUCAUCAUCAUCUCUGAGCUUCACACUGUCACCCUGCGUUACUCCCUGCCACCCUCCCACCUCCUUCCCUCCUGCUGUGGAGGCUCAAGAGUCUGUUUGUCACUCACCAGAAAGCCCAGUAAUCGAGGAGAUCCCAGGGUUGGACUUUGAGCGGUAUCUCCAGCCUUCAAACCGAUGCAGUGUGUCACCGGGGGUGGCAGUUGCUGAAGAGUCGCUGUCUCCCAUGCCAGUAGAUGUAGAGAUGGAGAGUCCCAGAGGUCAAUCAGAAGACAUGAUGACUCAGCAAGAACAAGCCCUCCCUACGGUGCCAUCACUGGUGACUCCUCAUACACCACAGACCCAGUCAGCAGAGUCUGAACUGCUCCUCUUUACCCCAGACCUGAAGGACCGGAUACGUCAGUCUGUCUGUCCAAGCGACCUCAUGAUGUUCACCCCGCCCCUCUAAUGUGCAGCAAAACGUGUUUUUUGAAAAAAAAAAGAUCUUUCCUUUUUUAUGAACUUUUGUUACUUUUUUGUAUUUGAGUGAUUCUGAGUUAUUUUUAGUUGAAUGGAAAAUAGUUUUCUAUAAGAUGUUCUUAUUAAAGUUCUAGUUAAAUCAA